CAGAAAGAACAGUAAAAAUGCAGGCAGGGCGCCGGACAAAGCACUCGGGACAAAAUUGUAUUGGUAAAUGUCAGUUUUUAAAAUUUUCAAAUUUUAACGCCGGUUCUGUCCCGACGCCCGCAGGGAAUGGAACCCGGAAGACAGAUGCCGGCAUCACCCGGAGGAGAUGGCCGGGGACGCUGCAGGGGGGACAAGGUGAGUGCAGAAGGGAUCCCGGAGCAACACUACAAUGUAUUCCCGAAUGUAGCUCUUCUGGUACUGAAACUUUACCCCGAGCUACACUCGGGAAUACC